CAACACUGUACACAAACAGCUGUUCGCCGCGUUUUGUAGGCAUUUUGCUGUUGAAAAAAUUUUAAAUUGAAUUUUAGUUUAUAAACAAUGUCAGACGACGUAGAGGAGCCAAGCAAGAGCUUCUUCAUAUUUGGCCGCGAUGUGGCGCAGAUACCGUGCUUUCGUAACAGUUUUUUGUAUGGCAUCAGCGGCGGCAUAGGCAUCGGUGUUUUAGCCUUUUUAGGCACCUCCCGCCCCCAUUUGGCCACACACAUUGGUUUUGGCACCUUCUUUUGUGGCACAAUGGUCUAUUGGAUGGCAUGCAGGUAUCAGUGGUCGGUGCGGCGCUUUGAGCAGCAACAACUGCGGGAGGCAAUGCGCCGGCAGGCCUUGUACGAGGGCACAACAGUAGAACGUGACUUGGAUAUUAAAUCUGCGUAACACUGAAUCAACCUAUGGAUACAUAUAUAAAUACGACGAAACAGUGUUAACCUUUAGAUACAUUAAGAAAAAUUGUAGCUGAAUCAUUUUUAUAUGUACAAAUUUGCAUAUGUUAACAUAUGUAAAUGUCUGUUAGAUUCCUAACAUUGAGAUACUUUGUUUAUAUACAUACAUGUAUUUAAACCACCUUAGAGCAAUAAGCUAAACUUGUGACAUAUUUAAGUGCAAAAUACAAAUGUGUAUUGGCUGUCUCAUAUUUAAAAAAAAUCUGAGGCAUAUAUACAUGUAUGUU